AUGGCGGAAGCGAAAGAGUUCCCCCAAUCGUUUGUCCGGCCAUGGAAAGAGCUACUCCAAUCGCGACGCGACGAGCAACAAGAUGACUUUCCCAGUUACUACGUCAAUAAUAUCGACUCUCUCAUUACCACCAGUUCACCCAAGACAUUAUACGUUGGAACAGGCUACUCUAUAUACACGCGCGCUCUUCUACCGGCGAUCCUGAGCGCCAAACACUCCGUUCAAUUGAUCACCUGUUACUGGGCUGCUUCGCCCUCACUGGACGCUAUUCGCGACACAUUCGAGAAGCUUGCGGCGGCGCGUAUUGAAGCCAACGUCAAGGAAACUCUGCGGAUUACAAUAGGCUUCUCAUCAUUUGGACUAUUUCAGAAACUAUUCCACCCUGCAUCUCGAGAAGGAUAUGUCUAUGAGCCGUCGAAAUGGUCUAAGCUGGGCCUCCCCAACCAGCAAUUGCUACAGAAUGCCAAUAUCGACCUUACUGUCAAGAGCAUCUUCUUCACGCCACUAAGCGUUAUGCACCCCAAGUUUGUGAUCGUCGACGGAAAGAGGGCCUGGGUCCCAAGCUGUAACGUCAGCUGGGAGCGAUGGUUUGAAGGUUGCGUUGAGGUCGAGGGUGCUAUUGUCGAUCGUCUCUUGGCCUUUUAUGACCGCGUCUGGGGUCAUGAUGAUGAACCUCAACGACGACCUGGCUCCCAAGAAGAUGUGCAGGUUGAUCAAAGAGCGCCAAAUCAACUACAGGUCAACAGUGAAGUGUCGGCAACGCAAUCCAUCGACUUCCCUGCCAACGGCCCAGUUCCGACCAUCUUUCUCCCUUCGCCGCAUCAUCGGAACCCUCGGUUUUCCUUCUUCCCAUUUCUGUCGCAGACAGAUCCGCCAAUGACGCCUCUGAACGCAGCGCUUCUUACCCUGUUCAACAACGCACAGCGACGAAUCACCAUCCUCACUCCUAACGUCACUUCUUGGCCUGUUGUGGAGAGUCUGUUGGAUGCGCUCGCACGUGGAGUCGAUGUUCAGAUCAGAACUAGCAAG